CGAACGGAUCACUGGUAGCCACACACACACUAUUGCAUUAUCUCAAUAACGACACCGCUCAACCUGAUGGCACUUGCACGUUACAGUCAACAGCAAACUUCUGCUUCGAUGCGUUUUUGAGAUUGCAGAACUCGUAGAGAACCAAAUAAAAUGUCUAAACGAUCCAAAAAUAAAGUUGAACAAGAUAAAAUUAAUGUACGAGAGAGAUUAACUGAUAAUGUGUUGGAUUUAAGCCUGAUGAAUAUAUCGAUCAUCCCUGUAGCCGAUAUUAAAACCUUAAAACGCGCCACAAUACUGGAUCUGUCAAACAAUAUUAUUACAUCUAUAAAUGUGGAUUUUACACAACUGGUUCAAUUAACAAAACUUGAUUUGAGCAAAAAUAAGAUAAAAUUGAUAACAGAUGAAUUCGGAAAUCUCGCAAAUCUUCGUCAUCUGGAUUUGUAUAAUAAUCAGAUCGAACGUCUUCCGCUAAGUUUUGGUCGGUUAAAAAAGCUGAGGUACCUUGAUCUCAAAAACAAUCCACUGAAUCCAGGAUUCUCUAAAAUUAUUGGAACAUGUUCAGAUCAAAAGGAUUGCAUAGAAGCAGCGCGAAAAGCUGUCUCGUUUAUGGCCGAUAUUGAAAAACAGGUUCUUGAAGAAAGACGCAAAGAACGGGAACUGAAAAUAUUGGAAAUGAAUCAACUGCAAGAGAAAAUACAGGAGAUAGCGCACAAUGAUAAAGCCCAUGUCGACAAAAAACGGAAAAAUAAAAAAUCUAAAGUUAAAAACAAUGAAACAGGUAGUGAUAAGGAUAAUUCGAACCCGAAACAGAAAGGUGUUCACGAAACUACAGACAUUCUCAAUACUAGUCAUGUACUGAAGAAGGAGAAAUGUGUAGCUAAAAUGAAAAUUGUACUGGGAUUGUUCUUUGUUGUUGUACUAAUUAUUGGAAUCAUAUGUGCGAUAGAACCGAACAUAAAAAACUAUUUCAACGAGCCGUAUUCGGAGAUUCUAGAAGAAUAUAUAAAAUAGACAAUUAUGUACAAAACUAUGUGAAAAUAUACGAAUUUUUUUCAUAGAUAA